CCCCAUUUUAUAUACUUUCUCACUCAUCACGGAUUUUCUAAUUGGCCCUAAAAUUUGAAGCCUCUCGAGUUGAGAACUUGAGAGCAUGUGGGCUGCUCCACUCUCUCAGACACUGUGCAUAUUCCCACCCCACCACCACACUUUCCCUUUCUCUCCCAAAACCCGGACCCGACUCUCCAUCCCCCCAAAACUCAGUAGAAACUCCCUGCUUGCCCUCUCUUUCAAGGCUCCUGUAACCAUGGGAACAUCACAGAGUCAACCAUCAUUGGAUCAGAUUCUCGGUAGCAACAACUGGGAAGGCUUGCUUGAGCCCCUCAACCUAAGUCUCCGAGAGCUCAUUAUUAGAUGCGGGGACUUCUGCCAGGUAACUUAUGACUCAUUCAUCAAUGAUCAGAACUCCAGAUACUGCGGCGCGUGCCGCUACGGCAUGAAAUUCUUGUUGGAAAAAGUCAUGCUCAUAGGGGCCUCUGAUUAUGAAGUCUCCGCUUACCUCUACGCCACCGCCCGUGUCAGCGUCCCUGAAGCUUUCAUCCUCCACUCAAUGUCUCGGGAGUCCUGGGAUCGAGAGUCCAAUUGGAUUGGGUACAUCGCCGUGACCACCGAUGAAGUGAGUAGAGCCCGGGGACGACGUGAAAUUUACGUGGCGUGGCGUGGAACGACAAGAGACUAUGAAUGGGUAGACGUGUUAGGGGCUGAGCUUGAGUCAGCCGAGGAAUUGCUACGGCCUCAAGAAGGAAUAAAGAAUGAGGAGGGGAGUAGCAGUAGUGACAGUGAUGAUGAAGAUGAUGAGAAAAAUGUAAAGGUCAUGCGGGGUUGGUUCACAAUCUACACUUCAGGUGACCCCAGAUCUCCAUUCACAAAGGCAAGCGCCAGAAAACAGUUCCAAUCAAAUAUUAAACGCUUGAUGAAUAAGUAUAAAGACGAGAAAGUAAGCAUCAUCGUCACAGGUCACAGCCUGGGUGCGAGUCUAGCAGUAUUGAGCUCAUUCGACAUAGUUGAAAACGAGAUCGUCCCGCCCGAUGUCAUAGUAUCAGCCAUCGUAUUCGGUUGCCCGGAAAUAGGGAACAGGGCAUUCAAUAACCAGAUCAAGCAACACUCCAACCUCCACAUCCUCCAUGUAAGGAACACUAUCGACCUCAUACCGCACUACCCGAGCAUGAUCCUCGGCUAUGUGAAGACGGGAACUGAGCUAGUCAUCGACACGAGGAAGUCUCCAGACUUGAAAGAUUCGAAGGACCCCGGUGACUGGCACAACUUGCAGGCAAUGGUGCAUGUGGUGUCUGGUUGGAAUGGGCCAAAUGCAGAGUUUGAACUCAAGGUGAAGAGGAGCUUGGCCUUGGUGAAUAAGUCCUGUAAUUUUCUCAAGGAUGAGUGCUUGGUUCCAGCGUCAUGGUGGGUGGAGAAGAACAAAGGGAUGAUGAGGAAAGCAGAUGGAGAAUGGGUGACAGAAUCGCCCGCCGAAGAGGACCGUCCAGUUCCCCCUGUUCUUGAUUUCUAGCCAGACCCAUUUUCAUGUCGUGUUUGACUUGUAUUUUAAUCUAUCUUAUCCUUCCAUUUGAUAGAUGUUGAUGUUCUAUCCACCACAUUUGAAAUUAUGUGAUGUUUUUUUAUCUUAAA